AUGAAUUUAUUCAUUGUAGCAAUUUUUCUAAAUUUAUUAUAUUUUACAAUUCAAACAAUUGUAAAUGAUAAUUUUAUUAAUACAAGAUAUAAAAGAGGAGUUAUAGUUAAUAGUAUAUAUCAAUGGGAAGAUUUUCCAAUUAAAUAUGAGAUACGUGGCGAGGCAUUUGCUCAUUAUGGUCAUAUAACAGAAGCAAUUAAGAAAAUUGAAAAUGAAACAUGUUUAUCAUUUCAAAAGCUUGAUCAUUUAUUGGAUGAAGGAAUAACAUUUAAAGAAUCUUUGAAUGGCUUUAGUUCUACAAAUCUUAAAAAAUCUUCAAAUUUUGAACCACAUUCAAUAUUUUUAAAUACUGAUAGUUUUAAAGGAAAAGGUAGAAAUUAUAUUAGAUUAGUAUUACGUGCUUUGGGAAUGGAUUAUGAAUUUAAUAAACCUAAUAGUUCUGAAUAUAUAACAAUUAAUAAAAAUAAUAUGAACAAUUUAUAUAAACGUAAUCUAAAUAUUAAACCUAAAAAAGAUGUUAAAUAUGAUUCCAAGUAUGAUUAUGGGUCAAUAAUGCAUUUUUCAAAUUACGAAGUAUCUAAAGAUAAAAAAUCAUUAGUUUUUGAAACUAAAGAUAAACGUUACCAAAAUACAUUAGGAAUUAAUAUCAAUCCUUCAUUUAACGACAUUAAAUUUAUAAAUCAACAUUACUGUAAAGAUGAAUGCCUUAAUAAAUUAACAUCUUGUCAAAAUAAUGGUUAUCAAGAUCCAAUUAAUUGCAAAUACUGCAGAUGUCCAUUUUUUUAUGGAGGACAAUAUUGCGAAAAACCUUUCUUACCUACUAAUUAUAAAUGUGGAAAAGGUAAAUAUGAGGCAAAGUCAAAAUAUCAAACAAUUGUUUUUAAAAGAAAUUUUCUCUGUUUUGCACAAAUAAAUGCUAAAAAAGGAAAAAAAAUUACCAUUAAAUUGGAAAAAGGUACAAUUGGAAAAUCUGAAGAAUGCAAAGAAGAUACCACAUUAGAAAUACUUUAUAAAAAGGAUAAAUCAAUGAAUGGACCACAUUUCUGUGGUAAAGUAGAAACAACUUACUUGAAAUCAGAAGACAAUAUUGUUUUUCUAAAAUGGUUUGAUUCAAAAUAUGAUAGUUUUUAUAAAAUACAAUAUAAAUAUUCAUAA